CCCAAGAUCUUUAUGCGAUGGUAGUUAGUCAUGGUAGCAAUGGCUGAUAAUAACAGUUUUUUCUUUAAUCCCCUUGGAUCCUUUGAGUACUGUCCGCCAAGUGUAGCCAGUGACGGGCUUCUGUGGGCGCAGGUGAUCAAGGUGGACACGUGGACGGGCGCCACGCUGACGUGGAGCAGCGCCGACUGCUACCCCAGCGAGCCCGUGUUCGUGCCCGCGCCCGACGCCAAGAGCGAGGACGACGGCGUGCUGCUGAGCGCGCUGGUGUACGGGCGCGACGCGCGGCGCGUGGCGCUGCUGGUGCUGUGCGCGCGCUCGCUGCGGCGCCGCGCGCUCGCCGCCUUCCGCACGCCCUCGCCCGCGCCCAAGUGCCUGCACGGCUGGUUCCUGCCGCACGCUCCACAGGCCUAAGGCGCUGCUGGUGCUGUGCGCGCGCUCGCCGCCUUCCGCACGCCCUCGCCCGCGCCCAAGUGCCUGCACGGCUGGUUCCUGCCGCACGCUCCACAGGCCUAAGGCGCUGCUGGUGCUGUGCG